GCGCUUGCGAUCAUGACCAUCAGCAACGCGCAAAAGAGCGCUCUUAACGUCGUGAUGGGAUGCAUGGGCUUCGGAGAAGCCGGUAAGGAGGGCACUCGGGUGUCGGAUCUUAAGGAUAUCGAGGCGAUAAUCGAUACCUUCGCGGCGCAUGGACACACCGAGCUGGACACGGCUCGUGUCUACUGCGGCGGCACCUCCGAGAGUCAGCUCUCCAAACUGGACCUUGCAAAGAAGGGCCUUAAGCUCGAGACGAAGCUGUACCCCACCGAAGACUUGCCAGAGGCGUACAGGGCACCCAUGUUCGGCAACUUUGUUGCUUCGCAUCGUCCGGAUGAUAUACGAAAGUACAUGGAUGAAUCGCUGAAGGCAGCGAACACUGAUUGCCUAGAAAUGUGGUAUCUACACGUCCCUAGUCGCUCCACUCCCUUUGAAGUAACGCUGGAAGCCGUCAACGAACUUCAUAAGGAGGGCAAGUUCAAGCGCUUCGGAAUUAGCAACUACAUGGCCUGGGAGGUGGCACAAGUGUGCGAGAUCUGCAAGGUCAAAGGAUACGUUACGCCGACUGUCUAUCAAGGCGUCUAUAGCGCUGUCCAACGAAAUGUCGAGCCUGAGCUCUUUCCCUGUCUGCGCUACUAUGGCCUUAGUUUUUACGCAUACGAUGUCCUCGGUGGUGGUUUCUUUGCCGGACGUUACCUUACACCGGAAGAUGAAGUCGAAAACGGCUCGCGAUUUGAUUCCACGAGGCCGCUUGGGCAGAUGUGGCGUGGGCGGUAUUGGAAAGAUCCUUUCUUCAAAGCGGUACAAAUCAUCAAAGAGGUCUCUGACAAGCACGGCCUUACCUUGAGUGAAGUCGCACUUCGCUGGAUGUCUCAUCACAGUCUCCUGAGGCGUGAGCAUGGUGAUUCAGUCCUGGUAGGCGCAUCCAGCCUCAAGUACAUUGAACAGAAUCUCGUCGAUCUGGAAAAGGGACCUCUUCCCGAAGAAGUCGUCAAGGCCUUGGACGAAGCAUGGGCCACCGUGAAGGCAGUGGCAACGGUUUAUUACUUGCCAAUGUAGCAAUGAAGUAGGUCUAUCCCGCCAGUGUGCCCAGUAAUCGUGCCUCUGCGUGGUGGAUUCGAAUCAUUGCGUAGUGUUCCUGAACUAAGAUGAUCUACUGAUAU